CUUUCUUUCCAUUAUCAUAUCUAUCCCCAUUUAUUUCCUGUCUUCCACUUUCAUCUAACCCUUCAGAGAGUCUCUCACAACAAUUCCACCUUUUCUACCUAUUCAACUUUCGUCUACAUACACCAAAAAAAAUGUUUGAGAUUCGUGGAGAUAUGAUGGUCAGGGAUGAAGCCAUUGAAACAGCAACCGACAAACACCAGGAUGAAUUAAGAAUCAGCAAUAAUAGCAAUGAAAGAAUUGAAGAUUGUAAUCUAGGAGGAGAGUGGUUGAAUCUGAGCUUAGGUGGCAAUUCAGUCUCAACAGCAGGAGACUAUGAUCCACACUCAAGACCUACUUCUAGCAAGGUUUUCUCAUGUAACUUUUGCAGGAGGAAGUUCUACAGCUCACAGGCUCUAGGGGGUCAUCAGAAUGCUCACAAGAGAGAGAGAGGUGCAGCUAGAAGAUUCCAGUCCCAGAGGAUGAUGACGAUGAUGGGUUUUCCAUUAAAUACCCCAAUGAGCAGAUCACUGGGGGUCAGGCCCCAUGCGCUUGUGCACAAGCAAAGUAGAGAAGGAACUACUGUUGCAGCAAGAUUUAACGAAACCAAUACAGGGUUUGGAAUGGCAUGGAUGCCCUUUAUGCUUGAGGAUGCAAUGGAUUUAAUGUGGCCAGGGAGCUUUCGCUUGGAUCCACAACCACCAGAGCCACCAUCAGAAUCGCUCAAGCUUGACUUAAACCUUCGACUCUGAUCCAUCCCUCACCAUUCCAGUUCAGAAUUUCUUCUCAUGUUACUUCUAUUGGAACAGUUUUUGACUUGUUCAUCCAUCAAAAACAGAAACUAAUAUGGGAGGGAAACCAACAAACCUAUUUGAAAAGUUCAAAUCAUAAAAAGUGGUUCUUCCUCAACAUGAAGAAAGACCUUCCAUGUAUGCAUGCCACAGCACAAGAAAACUUGUAACAUACCCCUGCUCUUCAGUUGUAUCCUGAAAAAUAAAUGCCAGUGCACCUACUUAAACAUCCCUGAGUUUGUAAGCAUUUUUUAAUCCUAAUUAUGAAGUACAGAAGUUUUUACUCCA